CGGUGACGUACUUCACAAGUAACCAAUUAAAAUCCCUAAACGUUCCUCAAUUGGCCAAUACAAAGUCAGAGUCGCAGGGAAAAGGCGGGGCUUGUUCUGAGCCUCUCCGCUUCGUAGCUACCAGGUGGAGAAGAGUAAACUUCGUGGGGAAGAUGGCGAGAGGAGCACGAAGUUUGCGAAAAAUCGCCGAUUAUGUGAAGACGUUACCGUCCGUGACCACCCGUGACGUUCGCUCCAGAAGCAAUGUCAGGUACCCAUCAUAUGGCAUCCUGAUGACGCGCCUGCCUCCCUUGCUGGGCACCGCCAUGCCUGGCCGCAGCGUGGUCCUUCCCGUCCGCGCCUUCUUCAACAUUGCCAACACUUUCUCCAAGAGAAGGGAAUACGCUGAAAGACGCAUCAUUGGGUUUUCCAUGCAAGAGAUGUACGAGGUGGUGGCCGGCGUGGAGGAUUACCGCCUCUUUGUACCUUGGUGCAAGAAGUCCGACGUCGUCUUUAAGCGGACCGGGUACUGCAAGGCCAAACUCACUGUGGGCUUCCCGCCAGUGACUGAAAACUACACCUCCCUCGUCACUACAGUGCGCCCCCACCUGGUCAAGGCAUCCUGCUCGGACGGCAAACUGUUCAACCACCUGGAGACGAUUUGGCGCUUCAGCCCUGGCCUACCUGGCUACCCUCGCACCUGCACUGUGGACUUUGACAUCUCCUUCGAGUUCCGCUCACUCAUCCAUUCGCAAUUGGCGCACGUGUUCUUCGACGAGGUGGUGAAGCAGAUGGUGUCGGCAUUCGAGCGCCGCGCCACCUCCGUCCAUGGCCCCGAGACGCCCAUCCCGCGUGAGCUCAUGUUCCACGAGGUUCACCACACGUAGCGACGCUGCAGCGGAGGAGUGGAAAACAACAAAGAAAACGAAAGCAACGACUCAUGUUUUACCGAAAACGCCAGUGCCUUUGUCUUUUUUUUUCUUCUUUGAAUUUUUCUAUUGGUUUUACAGCAGAUUUAUUAGCGAAGCACGCAAGCUUAGCACCACUUUGUGUGUCAGCUUGUUUGUUCCAUCAAGAUCCUUGUUUGGCUUGCUUUUUCCCCCCCUCACCAGCAUCUUGUUGCAAACUCCUCCCACUGGAGAUUACAAGUUGGUGUCAGGUCAGCAAUAUUUUAUUGGAAACAGGUAACCAGCGGGAAACAUACCAUCCCACAUUUCAUUAGUUUGGUUUGAUUUGCUUAGAUUGACAACAACAUGUGACAAAGGCAGGGAACCUUUUUCUGAUUGGGGCCAGUUCAGGUGCAUAAGAUUUGGGCGGCAGGGGGGAUAAGAUAUUGGCGAUGGGGGGGGGGGGGGGGGUAAUGAUAUGCUCGGAGAAUGUGUGGGUUUCAUGUUUUGAGGCUUUUUGUGACUGUUCCUCAGAAGGUGUGUUUAGGGAGCAAACACUGAAGUUGUUUCUUUUGUUGUGUAAACGUUUUUAGGUCAAAUGAAUAAAUAUGAAGGCUUCCCCAUGUUCCAAACCAAAAAUCAAACAAAAAAUAAUGGGGGAAUUGACCCCCCUCCCCCAUGCCAGAUUCACUCACCAACAUAUUGUAUAUAGGGAAUCAAAUCUAUCUUGACUCCAGUGUAUCUCAGCAUAUCUGCAGUUCAGCAUCCUCAAAUGGGUUUUCAACGCAUUUCUUAUUUGCUGGUUUUGUCGCUAUCUUGUUGCCAAGUGAUGAUGUUGAGGGGCUUCAUUUAAACAAAAAAAGUGCUUUGCUGCUGCUUUGUGCCAACUCUUUGCCAGGGAACUAUAUUGAAAUGAUUUGAGGAGCUUAAUUCGGACAAAAGUAGUAUUUUGAUGCCAUCUGUAGGCAAUGGCGAACCUCUUUUGCACUUGGAGGAAUACUGCAGAGGAGACUCAAGGAGUGACUGAAAUAACACAAGUAGUAAUCCAUUUUGGUUUGAAGCCUCCAUUUUAGCGAUUUUGAUCGCUCCCAAAUUUGUGAUGAGUUUUCAUUACUUUGUGUGGGUGCAGCCCAGUGAUGACGUUUGAUGAAUCACCACGUGCUUAACCAAACAUCUUGUGCACCACCUUGAAGACUUUCAUGCUUGCUUCUCAGGUUGUUUUUUUCCCCCCUUUGAGAUUAAUUCCGUAUACUUGCAUUGAGCCUCCAUCUGGCACACGAGCUGACUUUCACAUGCCCCCAUCAGGAGUUCUCAUUUCAUUUGUAUUCAAGAAUUGCCUGGUGGGCUGGAUCAGAUGUUUGGACUUCAGCAACAAAGGAGUCGUAGUUGCCCACCCACUUUGCUACAAUUGUCAUGUUUUGGAUAGACAGCAAAUGUUGAAAGGGUGCUCAUAUGUUGUUAUUCACUCAUGGUAGUCAUUUGUUGACUGUUACCUACACAGAGCAAAGCUAUUUCCAUGCUGGACUCAAGAGGUGUGUCAUUGUACAGUAUAUAGUAUUUUAUGUGCAAUAUCAGGAAGCCUUUAUUUUAUUUAUUUUUUAAAGAAACAUAGCAAAGCAAGCCAGUACAUACUGUAUGCCCAUGCAAAUAUUUAUCAUUCUUUUUAAAAACCUGCUCACAUAUUUAUUUAAGUGUAAAUAUCACAUCAGGUUGUUUUCAAAAAGGGAAAAGUGUAUUUUUUUUUUGAUUAAGGGACUGAUUUAGUGUUUUCAAAAAAUGGCAUUUGAAACAGAAAUGUACUAACUGCAUGAUAUAUAAAAAAAUUUUUCUAAAAA